AUCUAGCAGCUACAGUCUCUUGGGCGGUGUGUGUGUGUCGCGAGGCUCGAGAGCAGUGUUAGCAUUAACUAGCGUGAGGCUCCGUUCACUUCAUUGAGUUAUUAGCCGUUAGCCGAAAGCUCAUUUUAGUGAGUGGUCAUGGCGGCGGUGCGCAGCCUGCGGGUGUCUGUGAAGUCCGAAAGCGCGUCUGAUCGGUCAGAGUCAGACUCGGAAUCAGACUCGGAUCGAGAUGCCCGGGAAGCGGAGCCCAUGGAGGUAGAGGAGGGAGAGCUGGAGUCUAUCCCCGUUCGGCGGAGUUUAAAGGAGCUGUUGCCGGACACCAGCCGACGUUAUGAAAAUAAGGCUGGCACCUUUAUCACUGGAAUCGAUGUCACCUCUAAGGAGGCCAUUGAGAAAAAGGAGAAGCGAGCAAGAAGAUUUCAUUUUCGUGCAGAAGAAAAUCUGGCGCAGAGGAAUGUUGUACUAGACCGGGAUUUGCUGAAGAAAGCGAUCCCGAAGGCGCGUCUGGAAGCCCUGCACAUGAGUGGAGUUGAUGACAUGAGCACUCAGGAUGUUUUCGGCUACUUUAAAGAGUAUCCACCCGCCCACAUUGAGUGGAUAGAUGACACUUCCUGCAACGUGGUGUGGCUAGACGACAUCACUUCAACCAGAGCUCUCAUUAACUUGAGUCGGAUGCCAGACAAAAAAGAGGUCACCAAUGCCGACAGCUCGAAACCAUCUGAACUUCCAGUCCAGCCGCAGAAAGCUCGGCGAAACCGUGGCUCUGAUGAUGAUGAGGAGGAGGAGGAAGAGGAGGAAGGCGAGGUAGAUGAUGAUGAUGAAGAUGAAGUAGAAAAAGCAGAUAAGAGCAGGAGCAGUGAUGGCAGUGAGGGUAAAGCUAGUGACAUUGAAGAAGAGCCCGAAAAGAAAACACAGGAAACCGCAGAGACAAGUCUGCUUUCCCAAGCAGAGCGUGAGUCUCUACUUCGGAACGAUCUGCGGCCCACAAUCAAGCCUUUCAAAGGCAACAAGCUGUUCUUGCGUUUUGCCACCCAGGAUGACAAAAAGGAGCUGGGUGCGGCCAGGAGAAGUCGAUACUACAUGAAAUACGGGAAUCCAAACUAUGGUGGCAUGAAAGGCAUCUUAAGUAACUCUUGGAAACGGAGGUAUCACACGCGCAGAAUUCAGCGUGACAUUCUGAAGACCAAAAAGCCUCUGAUUGGAGACAGUAUGGGACACACCCCACCUUACACUCAUCGACACUCUGCUGACCUGGUGAAUCUGCCAGAAGAGCCUAUAGAAGAAGAGGAAGAAGAGGAGGAGGAUGGAGAGGAAGACAUGGAUGCUGAUGAUAGAGUAGUGGAGUACAGAGAUCGGGGAGACAAGGAACGUGGACCACGGCUAGGGGAAGGAGGCGUGCGUAGUCGCUUAGGGGGCCCGUCGCCAGCAUCUUCAGAUUCAGAUGAGAUGGACUAUGAUCUGGAACUGAAAAUGAUCUCAACACCAUCUCCCAAAAAGAGCAUGAAGAUGACCAUGUAUGCCGACGAGGUUGAAACCAACCUUCGCAGUCUUCGGAACUCUAUACGAACUGAAACGAGUAGUAGUGUUAAGAGCCGAAUUGGCAGCAGCAGCGGUGGAGGAGGAGGAGGAGGAGGAGGAGGAGGAAGCAGCAGCAGCAGCAGCAGCUCAUCUAAGUCUACAGCAGACAAAGUGACAGAUGUUAGGCAGUUAUUGGAGGAAAAGAGGCAGGGACUCUCCCAGCAGAGAUCACGCCCCCCAGCAACUACAAGUAGCAAGACGGAUGUGAGACAGAGAUUAGGCAAAAGACCACACUCUCCAGAGAGACGUCGCUCCGUCUCUCCCGUCAUCUCUAGAAACGCAGUGUCUCGGAGAGAGCCUUUGACUGACGUGCGCAGCCGACUCGGAGUGGCAAAGCACGAGAGCCGUGGUCUGUACUCAGAGUCUUCAAAAGACAAGAAAACAGGAGGCUUGUGGAGCCGCCUCGGCCCGUCUCAUAGGGACGACGGAGACGAUGACAAGGCUUCUUCCCGGGCGUCUUCCUCUAAAGGAAUAAGGCAAAGAGAUGACGAGGAAUCUGACGGAGUUGAUGACGACGAAGAAGAUGAUUCUCAUCUGCAGAAGAUGUGGGGAGCAAUGAUCAAGCAGAAGGAGCAGCAGUCCAACAAGAUGAAGAAAAGCCGACUGGACAACCUCCCCUCGCUGCAGAUCGAGAUCAGUCGGGACAGCAGCAACGGCUCGGACAGUGACUCCUGACUGACUCCUAUUGUAGGAAGUGUGGGAAUCGGAGGAACGACGAAUGCUGUGGAAGAGAGUUGGAGAACAUCUCUAAUAGACUGGGCCAAGAGACCCUGACAUGUAUACUUAAAACAUUCCCACACUACCACCUCUUGCAGAUGUUUUCUUUAGUCCGCUCUACACAAACCAACUUUGAGAGUGCUAUUUGGAACAAGAGGGCAGAUUGGAUUUGUUUUGAGUCCCUCAUGUUUGUUUUUCUUCAAAAGAAAAUGAUUUGCUUGUAUUUAACAUAAAUUGAGGGCCCAUUUUUAAUCUACAGCGAUGCACCAGGUUGACAAAAACAGUUCCGUGAAUUGAUGUACUGACUGGAAGCGAUGUGAUUGGAUGUCUGUUAGCAAUACAUUUUUUAAAAUCAUGUCAGUGUGGAUGGUUUCUGUUAAUGUUAUAUUAUUAAGGCUGUCAUAUCACUGUGGAUUUGAUGUGGAGAACCUAAUGGUCUGAGUUUUGUUUCUCUGGUGCAAGAGUUAUAAAUGUAUUUACUGGAGCUGAAUGGAUCAGUGCUUCAUUGUACACAGUCCUAUGAGAGGGGUAUAUAAUGUAGCCAGUGUAAAGAUAAUUUCCCCCACGGAAUGGUCCACAUUCCCAAAAAUAUGUGAUCAGUGAAACAAAAGAAAAGGCACUGUAUGUUGAAUAAAAAUCUUUUUUUUUUUA